AUGGCUUCCCUGCAGGAGCUCCUCGCGCAGGAGGGUUUUCAGAGGCACCAGCAGCGGCGACAGAGCAAGAACCGGCGGCACCGCCAGCAUGGGUGCUACGAGGAGGCGGCGGCGCCGCCGGUCUACCUCUGUAGGAACCGCCGGAAUGUGGGCGUCCUCACAGGGCGGCCAUUGUCCUCGGAGAGGACGACCCAGUGGCUGUGGCAGGAGGAGGAGCCUGGCGGCGCCGCCAGGGCCGUGGUCUCCACGCUCUCCGGUUACCUCGAGGGGUUCUCCAGGGACGCCGUCUUCCGGCAAGAGAUCAGGGAGAGAUGCUCUGCGUGCUUGUCGGCGGCGAUGGAGGAGGAGGAUGAGGAUCUGCAGGCGGCGAUGGAGAGCGUGGAGAGGAUAGCCGGCGAGGAAGAGGGCGGCGCCGCCGGGGACGCCAUCAGGCGGCUGACCCUCGUCGCCUCCGGCGAGCGGCGGAGCUCCGCCGCCUGCGCGCAGAUCUACCUCGCCAUUAUCUGCAAGAUGGAGGGCGACGACAGGGCGGCGGCGCGGCGGCUGCUCCGGGUCUUCUCCGACGCGCCAGCCAUGGCCAGGAAGAGCCUCAUGCCGGAGCUCUGGGAGAGCUUCUUCCUCCCCCACCUCCUCCAUCUCCAGAACUGGUUCAACAGGGAGUUGGAGCUCGCAGCGGCGGCCAUGGAGAUGGAGGAGGAGGAGGAGAGGGAGGGGAGGAUGAGGGAGCUAGAAAGGGUUUACAACGAUCAGAUCGACGUGGGCACUGCCCAAUUCGCCACGUACUACAAGGACUGGCUCAAAAAAGGGUUGAGAGCUCCUCAGCUCCCCACGGUGGCGCUGCCGCCGGCGGAGCUGAGAGCUCCUCCUCCUCCUCCGGUGCCGGCGUCCCCUUCCUCCUCCUCCGGCGCCGGUCACCUGUAUCAGACAGUCUUUGGGCAUUCCGGCGAACGGGACGGCAGCGAAGAAGGCCUCCUCGCCAGUCUAGCAACUGAAGAUGCUGCCAGCAAUCAUGGAAACUCUCUUCACGUGAGUACAGCUCUCUCUCUCUCUCUCUUCUGGCCUUCAUGCGACUGGUGCGAUGGAAUUGUUAAAAGAGAGGAAAUUUUCAGCUGAAUAUAUUACUGGAACUGUUCGAGUAAUAUAUUUGGUUUUAUAUUUUGAGAUCCCGAUGCAUCUCCGCCUUCCUCCUCCUCGGCGGGGAGAAUCCAGCGCAACGCGCAUGAUCUUCAUCUUCUCCAACCUGGAAAUCUGGAGCUUCCUCCUGUUCCUGAGUUGACUUUCUGCGAUCGUUUGCGGCUCCUCUUCUCAGCUUUGGCUGUUUUCUGUGUAGACAGAGCGACAUGGGUGUCCGUCGGAGGCGGCCUCACCCCUCGAGGGAGAACCCAGCAGCUCCUGCUCCUCCUCCUCCUCCUCCUCCGGCGACGGCGGCGCCGCCGCCGCGGAGGUCGUCGUACUCCCUGCGGUUCUUCACCUGCCGGAGCGACCCCAAGAAGGGGGCGAUCCUCCCCAGCCAGGUGAUUAAAACCGGAGUUGCAGAGAACCUGCCGAGCCAAGAUCUCUCGUUUGUCGAUCUGGGUCGCGCCAUCGCCAUGAUCUCCACCUCCGAGAACCUCUUCGACGGCGAAUCCGCCGUCAGGUCCAUCGCCGCCGCCUGGCUGGGCUCCGGCGGCGCAGACCCGACCAUCGAGGCGGCACUCUCGGCACCGCCGGUGAUCGAGGGCCUCCUCGAGAUCUCCUUCUCCUCCAAGAACAACGAGGUUCUCGAGUUGACCCUCUGCCUCCUGGCGGAGCUGGCGGCGCGGAAGGAAGUCAACAGGCGAGUGAUCCUCAACGCCGACCCUCAGCUGGAGAUCUUCCUCCGCCUGAUGGGCAUCCACAGCCUCUUCCUCAAGGCCGCCGUCGUCCUCUACCUCCUGAAACCGAGGGCCAAGCAGCUGCUCUCCUCCACCUGGGUUCCUCUGGCUCUGCAGAUUCUCGAGCUCGGAGACAAGAAGCAGACGCUCUUCUCGGUCCAAUGCAGGGCCAAAUCGGCGGCGCUAUACCUCCUCGACCAGCUUCUGAGGGGAUUUGAUGUGGACAGGAACGCGGAGAACGCGAAGCAGGUGGUGGCGCAGGGAGGGCUGCGGCUGCUGGUGCGGCGGCUGGAGGUGGGCGAUGGCAGAGAGAGGAAGGCUGCCGCCGCCCUUCUCGCCGCCUGCGUUCGGGCCGACGGCAGUUGCAGAGGAUACCUGGCGGCCCACAUGAAGAAGGCCUCCAUUCUUGAGCUGCUCCUCGGGAACCAGCUGAAAUCCAAUGGGUCUGCGAUUUCUCUCCUUGUGGAGCUGAUGAAGCUCAGCAGGUGUGCAGAUCUUUUUUUUUUUUUUUGUUCAUUGUGGAAUCAUUGUUGCCCUUUCAAGUAUGCAUGCAUAUCUUUGAAUUUUUUUCCUGUUCGGAUUAUCUUCUUCUUCCUCUUGAAAUAAAUCUGGAUUUUUCCCAUUAACCUCGGUAUCUAAAGCUAAUUUUAGUCAUAAUUAGUGCUUCUGCAUUGGUUUUGAAAAUCUCUCCUGAACCAUGUCUAUGAAAAUCACAUGAAUUUAGUCUAUUAUACUGAAAGAUUCAUGUUCUGAAUAUUUAGCCAUGAUUUUGCAGGUUAGUUCUUCACUAAUCAUAUCUAGAAAAUUACGAUGAGGUACUGAGUCAUUGACCCAGCACAUCCAUUAUUCUCUCUACUAAUAAUGCCUGUAAAUUUAGCACUUCAAAAGCAAAAUAAAGAGGGAAAAAAAUCACUGGUCAUUGAGCAGGCAUCUAGAAAUUCCUGAAAAUAUUUGAGACAUGCUUCAUGAAUAUUAUCUUGCCUAAGUUUGGAAAUUUUCGUUUCAUAAUGAAUGCUAGCUAUCCUUUAUGCCAGGAGAACCCAGAUUACUAUGUUCUUAAAUGGUCUGAAAAAUGAAGGCUGCUUGAACACAAUGCACAUUCUCUUUGUCUAUCUUCAACAAGCACCUGCCGACCAGCGGCCGCUGGUAGCUGCCAUCCUAUUACAGCUUGACCUCUUGGUACACCACUAAAUCAAAUCUUGUGCUUGCUGUUGGCCAGGCAAUAAGGGGAAAUGAUUUCAUUGAUUCUUCCAUUCUCUUCAUGGAUGCAGGGGGAUAAUCUGCAGCACAGUGUCUACAGAGAGGAAGGUAUUGACGCCUUAGUGAUGGCACUAAACUGCAAAUCCAGCAAGAAAGUCCAGGAGAACUGUGCCAAGGCUCUGUCGAUACUGGGCGGCCGGUUCUCUGGCGCCGGAGAAUCUCUUACAGAGGCCGAGAUGCUGAAAAGAGCGGGUUUUGAUGAUAAUCCCGGGUACUCAUUUGGCAGCAAGGAUACUGGAGCUCAUGAGGCCACAGGACUGGUACGCUUCUGUAAUUUUACAAAUUUUCAUAGAUUGAUGAAUUAAUUUUGGCAACCAUUCGGUGGGUUUCUGAGAGAUUCUCCAGUCUGCUCCAAGCAAUCAAUUGUUUCCAUUAAUGGUUACAUCCGCUAAAAAUCUUUGCAAAUUUUCAUGAUCUUUGUAAUUUUUUUUAUAACUUGUACUUGUUUUUUUCGCAAUUUCUUGUUCAGCAUGCAUAGUUCGAGCUUCAUUAUUAAUAAUUUACUAUGUUCAUAACCUUCAUUGGUACUUCCAAAAGCAUUCUUACAUAGUGAACAGAAGCAAUUCUUUGUGAACAGUAAUGCCUGCAUCUGCUCUGCCUUCAGCACACGGAUUGACCUUGUUUCCAUCUGUUAAUAUUAUAAUUUUGUAAACAUUUCGUAUGGAGGUGCAACUGAAAUCAUAUUAUUAAUAAGAUUGUGUGCUGGUCAUCAACCUUGGGACUUCCGAUGAAUAUGUAAGUUGAACCAAAUAAUUAUACAUGAUGCUUCUUUUAUUUAAUAAAUUAUAUUUUUUAUUUUCAUAUUUCCUUUUUCAUAAUAGCUUAGAAUUUCAUGUCGAGAAAUAACUUCAGCCGCAAUAUUAGUUGGUCCCUGUGCUUAGAAUCGUCAACCUCCAUUCUUCCAACGUGGAUUCAUAUUUUUAAUAGAAACAACUGUUCAUGAACAUCACCACUUGCACCCGCUGUGUGUGUUGAUAUUUCCCAUUGUUCAAAGGUUUUACUUGAAAUAUUUUUCAUUGGAGGCUCCAAUUCCUUUCUCUUCUGUGAUCAUUGUUGAGAAAUAUCACUCAACUUGAUGAUCUCGGCAGAUAUUUUUUGAAAAGAUGGUAUUUUAGCUGGAACUCAUGAGUUAGCAAUGGAUGAAAUCUCAGGAUGAAGAGGAGAUUGCAUCAGAUGAUUGGCAGAGGAGCCUGGCCCUCGUCCUGCUCAGCAGAGGGAAGAAGCGGUUCCUGGCAUCCCUGGCAAAUUGUAUUGCGGAUGGCCUCCCAUCUCUGGCUAGAUCAUGCCUCGUGACAGUGGCAUGGAUGAGCAGCUCACUCUCUUCUUCUCCGUUCAGCAUCAACCUUUGGUCCUCUGCGUGUCCGCUUCUGCUGCCACAGCUAGUCCAGAGCUUGAACUAUGACAGAGCCGUCGAAGAAAGGGUGCUGGCCUCCUUCUCUCUCGUCAAUCUCAGCAGGAACCCAGGUAUCAUUGGCCAUGGAAAGCCAAGAAAACUCAUCACUUAUGGCCACCCUUCAUCAGUUAGGACCCGUUACUGGGGUGAUUUGGUUUUCAUCUCAUCCACAUCAGAGGGCUUUGAAGUUUCGGAUUUAUAUUUCAAGUUUAGGCCUGAUUAGUCUAAAUGAUUUAGUUGGUAUGGUUUAUCUAUAUAUAUAUAUAUAUAUAUUGAUUGGUACAUUUAUGAUUGUAUUGGUAAGUUUAUAUGGGUCUCUGGGUGAGGCCCUCUGCAUCUUCUUACAGCUUUUGCAUUUGCUGGUCUGCAGAGUGUCGAUCGACACUGAUGCAGCUUGAUGAGCAGUCAGCAGCAUCGCUGAAUGAUCUGGCAUGGCUGACGUGGACCGCAAGAGAGUUGAUCUUGAUGGGAACUACUGAUUCAGUCUCUUUCCUGAAGAUCUAA